AUGCUCGUUGAGGAACUUGAGACGUUGCGAGAGAGCAUUCUCUCUCUAGAGUUGGACCCACUACGAGCUGCCAUCCGUGGACAAGAAGUUCCCCAUGAUUUCCCGCAUGAGUUGGUUUACAAGUGCCUGGUUGCGGGCAUUCGGUAUCACGAUGGCUUCGCUGUCGAACUUCGUGGCAAAUCGAUACACCAAUCCUUGGAACGAGCCUUCAACGCUAGAGAUAUCAUGAGUAACCGACUACCCGAGAUGGAGAACCCAGAAGACAUCCCAUACUGCUUCUGGCAUCCCGACGUCCCCAGUCAAGAAACUUUGCGACAGCUCUUGAAGGCCCAUCCCACACUCUUCAUACGCUACAAGGUUGGACGAGCGUGUGCUGCUGGUGGAUACGUGAAGCUUUACAAAGAGCUAGAUCUUCUUCCUGAUGUCGCCAUUGCAGAGGAAGCCCACGAUAGUUUACCUGCCUCCAAAGGUAUUCACGAUAUCGUAAUGGGUACACGAAACCUCUACCGUGUCAUGGACGAUUACAAUCUUUGUCUGUUUGACGAGCCCCAAGUUGGAGCCUUUCUGAACGGCGAUACCUGUGUUCGGUCAGCAUUGGACAAGAGGCAGCCAGUGCACCACGAAAUCUUCCCUCCUCCGUUUGACAUCACUGAAGAUUGGUGCUUGGCUGCUGAUGGGAAACGGCCGGAAGAAAGGCCUAUUCCAAGCGACAUCUUGAGUCUCCUCUACGCUCCCUUGCCACGGCAGUUACCUUCAGUUGAAAAAGACAUCCUCAUUCUUAUGGCGGCCUUUACUGGAAACAUUGAUCGUUACGUCCGACUAAGAAGACCUCGUCCUAUCAAUGGUGAGAUGCAGUGCAUAGUGCGCGGUAUCUACCACAACACCUUUUUCGCCAAGUGGUGCUAUGAACAACCAGACCUGGCCGUGCUUCAGAAGUUUGUUCAUGCGCGCUUCAUCAUGAAUGACGAUCUGUCGUGGCUCAACAACGAUAGGCCUUUCUCAAAAGAAGAUGUGCCGCGUAUUAUAUGGUAUCCGCAGACAGCUAACCGGACAACUUAUCUGGAGCUGCUGCGUUUGAUCCCCGAGCUGAAGCAGCUUGUAGCUCAGGCAUUAGUGGUAUCUGAUAGCCCAGCCGCUUUUGCGCGUCUCGAGCCGGAAAUCACGCCGGAAAUAUACGCGGAGAUAAUGAGUGAAGCUCGUUCGGAUGCAUUCCAGGAGUUCCUACAUCAGCGGCUAUCGAAAGAGGAAGAAGAGGAACUGGCUGAGUGGAUGGAGCUUCCACACGAUAUCCACGACAGCCCUCAGGGAACUCACUUUGGAUGA